AUGUUAACCAAGUUCGACGUCCGAUCAUGUCGCGUGAAAGGGAUCAGCUUUCACAAAACUCGCCCUUGGGUUCUUUGUGGACUCCACAAUGGCGCAGUUCAGAUUUGGGAUUACCGCACAAACACAUCCAUCGACACAUAUACCGAACACAACGGUUCUGUGCGUGGUGUUGACUUCCACAUCUCCCAGCCACUUUUUGUAUCUGGUGCUGAUGAUUAUCUGAUAAAGGUAUGGAAUUUCAAACUCCGCCGAUGUCUCUUUACCUUAAAAGGUCAUAUGGAUUACAUCCGUGUAACUUUCUUUCACCACGAACAACCAUGGAUUCUUUCAUGUUCUGAUGACUUUACGGUUCGUAUUUGGAACUGGCAGAGUCGGAGCAGUGUUGCCUGCCUUCCUGGUCAUAAUCACUAUGUCAUGUGCGCCCAGUUUCACCCACGGGAAGAUUUAGUGGUUUCGGCAAGUCUUGAUAGAACCAUUCGUGUUUGGGAUAUUUCUUCACUACGACUUCGCAAGCAAGAAGUUGGAAUCGCGCAGGAUUUACUUGGUACCAGUGAUGUUACACUUAAAUAUCUUCUUGAAGGACAUGAAAAGGGUGUUAAUUGGGUUUGUUUUCACCCUACAAAACCGUAUAUUGCCUCUGCUGCAGAUGAUCGAACUGUACGGGUGUGGCGUAUGAUUGACUCCUCGUGUCAUGAAGAGUUACAAUUACGAGGACAUACCAAUAAUGUUUGUUGUGUUACAUAUAUGAAAGAUUAUCUUAUUUCUGAUAGUGAAGAUCGUACUAUUCGAGUUUGGGAUGUAAAGUCACGUAACCCAAUUAUGGUUUUCCGCCGUGAUGCUGAUCGUUAUUGGAUAUUAGCUACACUUCCAGAAAAAAAUCUUAUUGCAGCAGGUCAUGAUUCUGGUAUGCAGGUUUUUAAACUAUUUCGAGAACGUCCUGCAUGGGUUAUAAAUGGCAAAUUACUUCAUUAUAUUUAUGAAAAUACUCUUUAUUCCCAUGAUUUGGAUUCUAAAGCGGAAUAUAAAUUUAACCUUGCACCACAUUUACAUCCACCUCGUAGUAUCUCAUGUAAUCCAGUUGACAAUAUGGCUGUGGUUUGGUAUGACGCAGAUGGAGGAGUUGCUGAAGCAUUUACUAUUCCCAAACCAGGAUUCGCUGUUGAUGCAGAUGUGAAAAAACGUCUUAAUGUUACUGAUGCAGUUUUUUUCGCUCCUCAUAAGUACGUAUUUAUUGAUAAAAAUAAAAAAAUGGUGGUCUGUAAUUCCCAGGGUGAUCGUGAUAAGCUUGUAACUCCUGAACACACAUGUAAGCGUUUAUUUCCUGGUCCUAUGGGUUCUGUUGUAUGUUUAACAGAUGAAGGUGUGGAAUUAUAUCAUAUGGCACAACAUGGUGUUACUGCAGAAGCCCCUAUUACUGGUGUAAGACAUGUUGUUUGGGAUAAGGAGUUCAAUAAGGUGGCUUUUAUUUUAAAGAAUACCAUUACUGUGAUGACAAAACGCUUUAAGAAUAUUACAACUAUUAUGGAGUCAACAGCUCGUAUGAAGUCAGCUGCCUUUGAUGAACAACGUAAUAUUCUCUAUUACACAACUGUGAAUCAUCUUAAAUAUUGCAAUUUACGUACAGGGGAAUGUAGUACUAUUCAAACCAUGAAAAAUCCUUCUUAUCUUGUGCGAGCUAGUGGUGAUACUAUUUGGGCUAUUACACGUGAAGGUAAAGUAAUGAUGAAAGAACUUGACAAUCUUGAACUCAAUUUUAAGUUAAAACUUCAACAACAAGCAUACCGAGAUGUUAUAAAAAUUAUUCACCGAAAGCAAUUAAAAGGACAAGCUCUUGUUGGUUAUCUUCACAAGCAUGGUCAUUCUGAAAUUGCAUUGCAUUUUGUAAAUGAACCUUUUACUCGGUUUAAUUUAGCCGUGGAAUGUGGAGCGUUGGAUAUUGCAAAAACUACUGCUUUGGAGCUUAAUCAACCAGAAGUUUGGAGACGUUUAGCAGAAGCAGCUACAAAAUAUGGUGAUAUUCAACUUGGACAAUUUGCUAAUUCAAAAACAGGAAAUUACCAUGGAGCAGGUAUGCUUUCCUUAAUUACUGGAAAUAUGGCUGCUCUAGGACAUUUGGUUGAUACGACGAAUGAUGAUAAUUUUAAAUUACAUUAUGGAUUGUAUUUACAUGACGUUCAACAACGUAUUCAUAUUUUAGCUAAUGCAAAUCAACUACCAUUGGCAUAUUUAACGGCAAAAUCAAAUGGACUUGAUGAAUUGGCAUCUGGAUUACUAGAAAAAAUGGAACCUGAAGUAGCUGAACGAAUGGAAAAAACAAAAGUUAAUCGAAUUCCAGAGAUUCCACAACCAACUGCUGUUACUGAAAACUGGCCAAUGUUACAGGUAGAAGAAUCUGUGUUUGCCCGUCUAUUAAAGGAACCAGGUCAAUUUAACGGUGCAGAUGCCGGUGUAGAGGAUGUAGAAGAAGAAGAAGAAGCUCAAGCUGGAGCAGGAUGGGACGAAGAUGGUGAUGUUGAUGAUAUGGAAGGAAUGAACAUGGAGGAAGCAGAAGAAUCUAAUGGUGUAGAAGGAGAAGGAUGGGAUGAUGAUCUUGAUAUUCAGAUGCCUGUGGAUCGUGCUGCUGAAGGAGCUCAGAAAGGGGCGUAUGUUGUACCAAUGGAACACCCUCCACUUUCGCAACACUGGGUUGAUAAUUAUUCUCUUCCAGCAUAUCAUGUUGCUGCAGGUUCUUUUGCAACAGCCUUUGAUUUACUUCGUCGACAAAUUGGUUUAUGUGAUCCGAUACCAUUAAAACCAUAUAUGAUGAAUUUAUGGACUUCUGUAAAUGCAUCACGACCAGCAUGGCUUGUUCCAUCGGUUACUUUUCCACUGACGACAUAUCCACCAGAUGAGCAACGUGGAGCUCGUCACGCUCCGCAACUUCCUGAUUAUACACCUAUACUAACAGAGAAACUUCGGGCAGGAUACGCUGCUUUUGUGGAAGGACGUUUUGCGGAUGCUCACGUUCAAUUUCUAGGGGUUAUGCAUCAAUCAGUAUUUGCUACAUAUAAGGAUGAGAAACAACGUGCAACACUUCUUGAAUUUAUGACAGUGGCUUCAGAAUAUACAAGAGCGCUUAACGUACAGCUUCAUUGUCGUAGUAUAGACGGAAGUUCUAAAGAAGCUCUUGAAUUAUCGCUUUACUUUACACAUUUUAAGCUUCAACGUUCACAUCUCACUUUGGCGCUUUCACAGGCUAUGAGUAAAGCAUAUAAAAAGAAAAAUUUCAAGACAGCUGCUGCUGUUGCCAGAAGACUUCUUGAUCAGGAUCCUCCCAAGACAAAGGCUAAUCAAGCUGCUGCUAUUGUAGCUGAAGGAGAGCGAAAUCCUACCGAUGCUGAGGUCCUUGGGUAUGAUGAGCGAAAUCCAUUUGUCUUGUGCUCUGUUUCUCAUCAACCUAUGUAUAAAGGAACUAUUGAUCCUGUUAGGUGUAGCUAUUGCUACUCCCCUGCAAACCCGAAUUACAAGGGAAAUACGUGCCCAGUGUGCAAUAUUGCGGUAUUGGGCGCCGAGUCUGCAGGUCUCGUCAACCGCGCCUAG